AUGGCACAACUGCGGGAGUACUUGCACACUGCAGUACCAGCUCCGUUGAUGGACGCCGGAGCAGAGGUUGUCGACCUUCACGCCUACAUCGCGAAGAUCGAUCGCGAGUUCAAGACGCAGCGGUACGACGACAUCGACGCACCGUUACUUCACAUCCGCAUUCAGAUUGGACAGGCGACCUGCAACACACUGAUCGAUUGUGGAGCGACUCGCAACUACAUCAGCCAAGACUUCAUGGUGCGCGCCAGCCUUGGCCCACGCGUCCGGAGGAAGUCCCAGCCUACGCAAGUCAAGUUAGCGGACGGACGCACGCACAAGUCCAUUGACCGGUGCGUAGACAACGUCCCAGUGUACUUUGCCCCUCACGCCAGUGAGGAGGUGUCCUUCGACAUACUGGACACCAAAUUCGACAUGAUCUUGGGCAUGUCAUGGCUGCGAAGUGAGGACCACCCAGUGAACUUCUACCGCCGCACCGUUCACAUUCGUGAUCGGAACGGAGUACUAGUCCCAUGCACGGUGCCGCUUCCUCAUUCUUCUAUCAGCUGUCACGUGGUAUCCGUCGCAAGCAUGCGAGCUUCCAUCAUCAGAGACGACAUYGAGGAGAUGGGGGUAUGUUUUCUCCUCGCCCUCCCGCCCCAUGACGCUUCACCGACGGACUCUUCUUCGGAUCCACGCAUCACCGAGUUUCUCGACGCCUACAGCGACGUGUUCGAARGCCCGCACGGAGUAGUACCGGAUCGGCCCAUUCGCCACGAGAUUAUUCUCGAGGAAGGGGCCGUACCUCCACGYGGUUGCAUCUACCGAAUGAGCGAGGAAGAGUUAAGUGUGCUUCGGGCACAACUCGACGACCUUCUAGAGAAAGGCUGGAUACGGCCUAGCUCAUCGCCAUACGGUGCUCCUGUUCUCUUCGUCCGGAAGAAGAACAAGGACCUGCGGUUGUGCAUCGAUUAUCGCAAGCUCAACGCGCAGACGGUCAAGAACGCCGGCCCUMUCCCUCGCAUUGACGAUCUUCUCGAAAGAUUGGGCGGCGCCAARUUUUUCUCCAAGCUGGACCUCAAGUCAGGCUAUCACCAACUCGAGAUUCGACAGGAGGACCGUUACAAGACCGCAUUCAAGACGCGGUAUGGGCAUUUCGAAUGGCUGGUUAUGCCAUUUGGCCUUACGAAUGCCCCAACCGCUUUCCAAGCGGUUAUGACGACGGAGUUCCGACACAUGCUCGAUAGGUUCGUACUCAUCUACCUCGACGACAUCUUGGUAUACAGUCGGAGUUUAGAGGAGCAUGUGGAACACCUGCGCACCGUUUUGGAGCGGCUACGACAAGCCAAGUACAAGGCCAACCGCGAUAAGUGUGAAUUUGCGCGGCAGGAGCUCGAGUACUUGGGCCACUAUGUGACGCCGCAAGGCAUCCGUCCGCUUGCGGACAAGAUCGAGGCCAUCCGAGUAUGGCCCGAGCCCACCAACACCACGGACGUGCGUUCAUUCAUGGGGUUGGCRGGCUACUAUCAGCGAUUCAUCACCGGAUACUCCAGGAUUGCUGCACCUAUGACGAGGUUACAGUCACCAAAGGUGCCCUUCAUAUUCGAUGACGAUGCACGCCAGUCAUUCCAAGCACUUAAGACGGCUAUGCUGAUGGCACCCGUCCUUAGUAUCUAUGACCCCACCCUGCCGACGAGAGUGACUACAGACGCUUCCGGUUACGGCAUUGGGGCAGUCUUGGAACAGCAUGACGGCGACGAUUGGCACCCUGUSGAGUAUUUCAGCCACAAAGUGCCUCCCAUCAAUUCAAUUGAUGAUGCAAGGAAGAAGGAGCUGCUGGCAUUCGUCAUGGCYCUCAAGCGAUGGCGGCACUUCCUCCUUGGGCRUCGUAGGUUCACAUGGRUCACGGAUAACAACCCUCUGACCUACUACAAGAYGCAGGACACGGUGAGCAGCACGAUCGGGCGAUGGAUGUACUUCAUBGACCAAUUUGACUUCACACCGAAACAUCUCGCCGGCCUCUCAAAUCGCGCAGYMGAUGCACUCUCGCGAAGAYCCGAUCUUUGCRCAUUGACGCAUCAUACCUUCGCAUUCGACGAGGAGCUCCAGCAACACUUCAUCAGGGGCUAUGAGUCUGAUCCAGAAUUCGCCACGCUAUAUGCGCAGCUAUCCUCGGAUCACCCACCGGCCAGCCACUAUCGCAUUGCCGAUGGGUACUUGCUCCUGCACUCGCGGGGCAAGGACUUACUAUGUGUCCCUCGCGACCGCCGACUACGGACUCGCCUCCUUGGCGAGUAUCAUGAUGGGCGACUUGCCGGCGAUUUCGGGGUCAACCGCACUAUUGCACGACUACGACAGCGAUUCCGAUGGCCUGACCUCAUCACCGACGUCACGAAGUGUUGCGACUCAUGCGAAGUUUGCCGACGAAGCAAGCCCCGCAACCGUAACCCUUACGGCGAGCUGCGACUGAUGCCGAUCCUGCAGGAACCCGGUCUCUCCAUCGCCAUGGAUGUCACCGGACCAUUCCCCCGCGACCGCCUCGGACACGACGRCAUUCUCACGGUUGUGGACCGUUUGAGUAAGUACGCGCGGUUUCUCCCUUGCAAGUAYUACUCCACGGCUCCCGAGUUGGCACGUCUCCUACACACAGGCUGGAUCUGUGGCCAUGGUGUUCCGGAGGACAUCGUCAGCGACCGCGACACCCGCUUCAUGUCGGCAUUUUGGACUGCACUCAUGAAGGAGUCCGGCACGAAGAUGAAACCAAGUUCGGCUCGGCAUCCACAGACGGACGGGCAGACGGAGCRAGCACAUCAGACGGCUCAGACGAUGCUUCGUACGCUCAUUCGUCCGGACCAGAAAGAUUGGGUUGACCGCCUCCCCGACAUCGAGUUCGCCUACAACACUUCGAUGCACCCGGCGAUCGGCGUGACUCCAUUCGAGUUGCACCACGGUGGACGGAAAGGYCGYAUCUUCGCCGAUCUUCUCCUACCACGACCAGCCGAUAUUGAUGCGGCUUGCUCUCCCGCUUCCGUUAGGAAGUACAGGGAAUUGCUGGCUCAAGCCCGAGCGAAUAUGCAAAAGGCUCAAGUCCGCAUGCAGCAGCAGGCCAACAGGCAUCGAGUACCAUGUCCCAUCCGCGCCGGCGACCUGGUCUGGGUCUCCGCGGAAGAGUUUGCACUGGAACAGGACGUUUCACGCAAACUGCUUCCCAAGUGGUUUGGACCUUGAGGCGAUGGCGAUGGACCUUCGCAAGGCGCUCACAAAUUUGUGACGACGUGCGAGGACUCCACUGCGCCGCUGCAAAUGCCCGUUUCCACCGUUGCAGAUAUGGACGCCACCUGCCCCGCGUCGCCGUCGUGACGUCCAGCACCCAAUCUGAAAUUUGAUUUUCGAAUGGGGAGGUCCAUUGCUUUUUAAGGGUUUUUUUUUCCGGUCGCCAGCGCCUUUCA